AUGACUGCCUCACUCCUUACCCUAGAUGUCAAGGGCGCUUUUGAUGCCAUGCUUCCCGGCAGACUCAUCCGCAGAUUACGUGAGCAGGGCUGGCCCAUUAAUCUUGUUCUCUGGAUUGCCUCCUUUGCUACUGGGCGAUCAGUCCAGAUCCAACUCGAUGGAGAGAUUGGCCCCUCAACAGAUAUUACCUGCGGUCUUCCACAAGGAUCCCCAGAAACCCAAGGAACAGAUUUGGUUACGUAG